AUGGCUCCAAUUGACUGCGUGCAGCCUAUUGUUGAUAAUGAGCUCGAGGUUUCAGAUAACAUACAUGAAAUCAGGCGAAAAACUCGAGACAACAUCGUAAACACAGAACACGAACAUAGAGCAGAAGAGCUCUCCUGGUAUUUUCUCUUUCCACACGGGAUCAACGGAUGGGGCGAGCAACGAGAGAUCAAAAUCACUCCACUUGAUUAUUACCAGCAAAGAAUUUUGGGCAGUGACCUACGCUUUCAGCGUAAUGAUUAUCUAUUUUAUGCAUUGUCAAUGUUUGAAUACAAAAGAAUAAAAGCGACGAUACAGGCUUGCCUGAAGAAACUUGUAGGUCCGGAUGGAAAGAUAGAAGAUCUGCAUCUCAUUACAAAAGCAUUGAGAGGAUCGUCGGCCUAUUGGCGUACAGCUCUAAACGAAUGUCUGGCAAAAAUCCGCAGCCUUGGUCCACCAACGUAUUUCAUCACCUGCAGUUGA